AUGGCACCUCAAAAGCUCAAGAUUGGCGCAGCUGGCCUCGGCCGCAUGGGCAAGCGACAUGCCCUGAACUUUUUGCACAGAACACCAAGAGCUGAGUUGGUUGCUGCCUUUACCCCAGAUCCCACCGAGCAGCAAUGGGCAAAGGAGAACCUGGAACCCUAUGGCGUGACGGUGUACACGGACUAUAAACAGAUGCUUCAACAUCCGGGAAUCAUGGCCGUGGUCAUUGGCACUGCCACUUCGGUCCAUGCCGAAGAGUCAAUCCAGGCCAUGGAGAAGAACUUGCAUGUUCUCUGUGAAAAGCCACUGUCGACGAGUCUAGACAUUUGCCGGGACGUCAUCAAUGCCGCCAAAGCCAAGCCUCAUCUCAAGGUCAUGUGCGGCUUCUCUCGACGCUUCGACUCCUCCUACAGAGACGCCUACGCCAAGUCGGCACAAGGCGCCAUCGGCCGGCCCACCAUCCUGCGCAGCCAGACGUGCGACAAGAACGACCCCUCGGGAUUUUACGUGGCCUACGCUGCGUGGUCGGGCGGCGUCUUUGUCGACAUGGCCGUUCACGAUAUCGACCUGACCCUGUGGUUCUUUGGCGACGAGAUCGUGCCCAAGAGCGUGUCGGCGUAUGGUGUCACAGCCGUCCAGCCCGCGCUAAAGAAAUACAAUGACUUUGACAAUGCCGUCGGCAUUGUCGAAUUUUGGAGCGGUCAGAUUGCGUAUUACUACUGCUCGCGCAUGAUGGCCCACGGCCAGGAAGACACGACCGAGGUCAUUGGCACCGAGGGCAAGCUCUCGGUGAACGCGCACCUGGCGCAGAACCUGGUGCAGUACUACCACCCCGGCGGCAUCACGCGCGAUGUGCCGGCGCACUAUUACGAUCGCUUCGAAAUGGCCUUUGUGACCGAGGCCAACGAGUUUGCAGAGGCGUGUCUGGAUAACAAGCCGUUGCCGCUCCAGUUGAACAAUGCCGUCAAGGCGGUGGAGAUUGGCGCCGCGCUGCAGGAGGCGUUGGUUAGUGGCAAGCAGAUACGGUUUGAUGAGACUGGUCGGCGUAUCGAGAAUGCACAGCUGUAA